AUGUCGUACGAGACCAAGGAGAUCCACUCGACCUCGUCGCUGCCGACUGGCGCCGUCGACCUCAACGCCCGCCGUCGCGCCGCCCUCGCCGAGAUUGACAACGCCAAGUUCUCCUGGUUCCACGUCAAGGCCUGCGCUGUCGCCGGUGUCGGCUUCUUUACCGAUGCCUACGACAUCUUCGCCAUCAACCUGGCUGCCGGCAUGAUCGGCUACGUGUACAACAUGCAGUCGCACAAGGGCGCCCUCACGCCCAACCAGGACCUCGGCCUCAAGAUCGCGACGCCUGUCGGCACGUUCAUCGGCCAGCUCCUGUUCGGCUGGCUCGCCGACGUCGUCGGCCGCAAGAAGAUGUACGGUCUCGAGCUCAUGGUCAUCAUCAUCGCGACGGUCGGCCAGGCUGUCGCCGGCCACGCCCCGGCCAUCAGCAUCAUCGGCGUCCUCGUCUUCUGGCGCUUCAUCAUGGGCAUCGGCAUCGGCGGCGACUACCCGCUGUCGGCGACCAUUACGUCCGAGUUUGCGGCGACGCGCAUUCGUGGUCGCAUGAUGACUGCGACGUUCUGGUCGCAGGGCUGGGGCCAGCUCGGCGCUGCGCUCGUCGCCAUCUCGUCGCUCGCCGCGUUCAAGACUCAGAUCAUGAACGACCCGGUCGACAACGCCCGCCACCUCGACUUUGUCUGGCGCCUCAUCAUCGGUCUCGGCGCCGUCCCCGGCGGUGUCGCGCUCUACUUCCGCCUCACCCUCCCCGAGACGCCUCGCUUCACGAUGGACGUCGAGCGCAACAUCAAGCAGGCCGCGACCGACGUCGACGCCUUCCUCCAGACCGGCGCCUACGUCCAGGACAGCACGCCCGCCACCGUCGCCACCCUCGACGUCCCCAAGGCGAGCUGGAAGGACUUCCGCAACCACUUUGGCCAGUGGAAGCACGGCAAGGUCCUGUUCGGCACCGCCUGGUCCUGGUUCGCGCUCGACAUCGCCUUCUACGGCCUCGGUCUCAACUCGUCGAUCAUCUUCAACGCCAUCGGCUACGGCACGGUCACGUCGGGCACGGCGCAGUACAACCGCUACCACACCCUGUUCAACAACGCCGUCGGCAACAUCAUCGUCACCUGCGCCGGCCUCAUCCCGGGCUUCUGGGCUGCCUUUGCGCUCAUCGACUCGUGGGGCCGCAAGCCUCUCCAGCUCACCGGCUUCAUCGGCCUCACGAUCACUCUCUGCUGCAUGGGCUUCGGCUACGACAAGCUCAAGGAGAACGCAGUCGGUGCCUUUGUCUUCCUGUACUGCCUCACCAACUUCCUCCAGAACUACGGCCCCAACACGACGACGUUCGUCAUCCCUGGCGAGAUCUUCCCGACGCGCUACCGCUCGACCGCCCACGGCAUCUCGGCUGCCUCGGGCAAGUUCGGCGCCAUCGUCGCCCAGAUCAUCGCCUUCAAGCUCAAGGACCGCGGUGGCAAGAACGCCUUCGUCAAGCACAUCCUCGAGGUGAUCCCCGAGACCAAGGGCAAGUCGCUCGAGGAGCUUUCCGGCGAGGACCAGGACAACUUCGUCGGCAACCACGAGGCUCCUGCAGGCGCAAACCGCGUCUGA